AUGGCUUUCCUGGACAACCCAACAAUUAUACUUGCUCAUAUUCGACAGUCGCACGUGACCAGCGAUGACACGGGGAUGUGUGAAAUGGUCCUGAUAGAUCAUGAUGUCGACCUGGAGAAGUUUAAUCCCUCGUCGACAUACGGGGACAGUGGUUCUGAAACCCAGGGGAGCAAUGGUGAGACUCAGGGCUAUAUAUAUUCCCAAUCAGUCGAUAUUACCUCAAGCUGGGACUUCGGGAUUAGAAGACGAUCAAACACAGCUCAGAGACUAGAACGUCUGCGGAAAGAGAGACAAAAUCAAAUAAAAUGCAAAAAUGUUCAGUGGAAAGACAGAAAUACUUCUUACUCAGCAGAGGAGCUGAGCUCACUGUUUGAAAAAAAGAAUUUCAGAGUAAAAUCUCCGUGUUCUGGGAAGCAGUCAAUACUGUCUGUGCGGCUCGAGCAGUGUCCGCUGCAGCUGAAUAACCCCUUCAAUGAGUACUCCAAGUUUGACGGCAAGUUGGUUAAUUAUCAAAAUAGUCAAGAAUAUGACUCGCGAAAGGGAACGGCAGUGGAGGCCUUCUGGCUGGCUCAGGCGUUCGGGAAAGCCAUUUACAGGGAGAUAAGAGGCACAUUGCACUGGUGGCCGAACCCUUCUGUAAGGGGCGGGCAGAAAGCUGUUGGGAAUUCUGGGUGCGCGCAGUGGCCAGGAGCGGCGGUGCCCGUGCCAUGGGGCGCGUUCACGUGCGUGCGAUGGCUCCGACGCCUCGCACAGACAGUGCGGGACCGCGGCAGCGCCCGGCCUGAGCCGCAGCCUGGGCUGGCAGAUAAGCAGCUGGGUGCUGGGGUUGCACUGUCAUCUCCACCGGGGACUUGA